AUGAAAUCUGUCGAUCGGCAAGAUCUUCAACUGCCGAGUACACAAGCCAUUGGUUUAUCACAAUAUAAACAUCAUGCCACUGCUUCAGAUCUUUCACCAAACGAACUUCAACGAGCAAAGCAAGAAGCUGAAAGACAUGGUCAGAUGAAUAUUUCAUUUUCUGUUUGUGAUAUAAGAGCACCUUUUGCGCAUCAUGGUACAAAUUUUGAUCUUGUCGUCUCAUGUGAUAAUUCGCUGCCUCAUCUUCUUUUCAUCCAUAAAGAUUUAUUUCGACCAUUGCCUACCUAUCUUUACCAUGAUUCAUCGGUUUAUCAACUCGAACGUGAAAGUAUCUUUGCAAAAAAUUGGAUAUAUGCUGGUCGACUUGAUCGUUUACAAAAACUAGGUGAUUAUUUGUCAAUAACAAUCGCUGGAUAUCCGAUAUUUAUCUAUCGAAGUCCUUUGACGAAUAAAUUAAUCGCUUUCCACAACGUUUGUUCUCAUCGAGCUGGCCCAAUUGUUCCAAUCAAUACAAAUAAUCACGGUGUUGCUUUGUAUGGAAAUCAGUCUUUACUCAAAUGUCAAUAUCAUGCAUGGCUAUUCGAUUCUCGAGAUGGAUCAUUGAAGGCAACACCGAAUUUUGAUUACAAAUUUCAAUCGGAUGAGAAAAAAUGUUUGAAUCUCAAACAAAUUCACAUGGAGAUUAUUGCUGAACAGUUUAUUUUCGUGAAUUUNAAGAUAAACAAAUAG